AUGUCUUAUCAACAGCAGCAGAGCAAGCAGCCCUGGCAGCCACCUCCUGUGGUGAUAACUCCAAAAUGCCCUGAGCCCUGCCCACCCCCAAAGUGCCCUGAGCCCUACCCACCACCAAAGUGCCCUGAGUGCUACCCACCCAAGAGCAAGAAACAGCUUUGGGAUUUAUCAGAAUCAUGA